CUCUUGGACCACCGGAUCCGUGCGUUAUAGUGUGCCGUUUCGCGUACCAAGAAAAACACUUGAAACGCUCUACACGUAUGAGGGAUCGUGUUCAUUCGCGGAUAUAAUGCUACACUUUCCUCGCGAGAAUGAGGGUGGCACGGCUAUUACUGUACUGCGUACUUCUCGAAGACUGUACCAAUCUCGGCAGGGCUGCAAUUAUCAGCGACGCCACGCGCCAGGACGCCUCUGCGACGAAUCCCACGCUGCCAGAUCUGCCCAGUUUCACGAAGCCGAUCGGUAAUGUGACCGCAGCCAUCGGCAAAGAAGCCAUUCUGCCGUGCACGAUCCGGAAUCUGGGAAAGUACAAGGUGGGAUGGCUUCGGAUGGAGGACCAGACGAUAUUGUCGAUGGAUCAGCGAACGGUGACCCACUCGCUGCGGUUCCUCGUCACGGUGGAGAACGCGAAGACGAAGAAUCAGAGCCAAUCGAAGGACGAGGAGGAGGCCACUUCGCGGCUGCAUAUCCGCCAACUGAGGGAAGCUGACCGAGGCUGCUACAUGUGCCAACUGAACACGAACCCUAUGUUGAGCCAGCUGGGAUGCGUGGAUGUCCUAGUUCCGCCGGAUAUACUGAGUUCCGGCACCUCGGAGAGUGAGGUUUCCGUUUCAGAGGGCGAGAAUGCCACCCUCUCGUGCAACGCCACUGGAAGACCGCCGCCUCGUGUGUUCUGGCGACGCGAGAAAAGUGGUUCCAUACUUAUGAGGGGUCCUCACGAUCAGCUGAUACCAGUGGACAGCCGGUCCGGCGAGAAACUGGAAUUAACCAAGGUAGACAGGAGGCAAAUGGGAGCUUAUCUUUGCAUAGCCGGAAACGAAGUGCCUCCGGCAGUCAGCAAGAGAGUUUAUCUGAGGGUAAACUUCCCGCCCAGCGCGAAGGUCGCCGACCAACUGUUAGGCUCUCCUCUGAACACGGACGUGUCGUUGAUCUGCUUGAUCGAAGCUUAUCCGAAAACGAUCAACUUGUGGACCGGGAGGGAACCAGUCUUCAUUAGAGACGGUAGAUACGAAGUCAACGAACAGAGACACCCGGACGAGGAAUGGAAGACAACGAUCGAGCUGAAGAUAAGGCGCUUGGAGGAAACGGAUUUGGGAGAAUACACGUGUUCGGCGUCGUCAAGCAUGGGAAGAGCCGAAGCCACCGUUAGGUUGUACAAGAUCGAACGAGAAACGCCACCCACACGAGCCACGUCGACGAAUUGGAAGAAGUUGAGCAAGGGGAAGUCGAAGGUCGCGCAGGUGACGUCGAUCAACCGGAUGUACCAUCAGAUGAGCACGCCCGCCAUGCAGAAGAGCACGUCGAGGAUCGUUUACAACAAAUACGCGACCACGUCCACGACGAUGGACCCGCGGGCGCCGUUCAUCAAAGACGAGGACGCGUUCCAUAAUCGCGAGAAUCCGAACGCGAAGAGUGGCGCCUACGCGAAGACCACCAGCGCGCGAAUCUACGCGUUCUGUUUGCUCGUUUUCCUCGGUUUACGAUAAACGUUUGUCGAGCUGUAGCGUAACAGCGACGAACGUCGAGACUCUGUCCGACGAGGGAG